AUGCUAACUGGUGUUCCACAUCCACCUACCUACCGACUAACUGCUACAGAUGUAUUUGAUCAUCGAGGCGAACCCAGAAUUGAGAAGCUCAAACAACAUUUUAUCCUUGAGGGUCGCGUCACGGAAGAUGUAGCCUUACAGAUCAUUCGGAAAGGCGCGGCUCUGUUACGAGAUGAAAGUACAGUGCUGAAUAUUGAUGCUCCUGUCACCGUUUGCGGUGACAUUCAUGGUCAGUUUUUCGACCUGAUGAAACUUUUCGAGGUCAGUGGGAAUCCCGCAACAACGCGAUAUCUGUUUCUCGGUGACUAUGUGGACAGAGGUUACUUCAGCAUUGAGACCAGACCAAUGCAUCUGGCGUUGUUUCACAGUGAUCGAAAGUUAGUUGGGUUAAAGCGCUGCCACUAUAUUUCGCAUCAGAGUUUUGUCACAUGCACCAACAGCCAGAUUGGUCCAGUUCGUUUUGCACCCAUGGAAUGUGCCGCACAGUUUAAUAGCUUAAAAAAUCAGAAACAUGGCCAGCUGCGCGACAGGUUGGUAGGAAUACUUUGUGCUUACGGAUUAUCACCUGCGGAUGAGACCGGCAGUUGA